ACAAGCCAGUCACUCGGUCGGGUCGUGAGCAACAACAGGCUGCCAAGGGCGCGCUCCGAGGGCCCAACAAGCCUUCUCUCUCUCUCUCUCUUUCUCCCUCUCCGUGGAGCUCUUCUUGCUCUUCGGGAGGUUGGUGCCCUCAAACAAAAUAGAAAUUCAAGUUGCUGUGGGAUGUAGUGGUUAAAGGAACAACAGUGAGGGAAGCAGAAGUCAUUCCUGUGGUAGCCCGAAUAACGUGUUAUAUCACACUGUCCUGUGUUGUACCAAAUCAAGAAAAUUUACAUCUGUUUAUAUUUACAAAAAAGGCUUACAGAUUCGAGGAUUUGGACUGUGUUACUGUUUCAAAUAUAAUACUGUGAAAUUAGAGGUAAAUAAAGCAAGAGUUCACUGUGAUCUAUAUACCAGCGUCUUGAGCAUAUACCGCCUGUGUGUGUCAAGAUAACAAAGAGACAGGCGACUCCUGCCUCGCCUUCUCUAACAGGUUCUUCCUUCCAACUUCCUUAGACGUCCGGGAGCCUCACCACAGCCAGGACCACCAAAACAGAUAUCCGGCAUGCCAGACGCUGGUCCCAUCCUGCCUCGACCCGACCUCACCCUACACCACGCCCCGCCCUCGGCCAAGUUCCGUGACCCGCCCUCGGCCAAGUUCCGUGACCCGCCCUCGGCCAAGUUCCGCGACCCGCCCUCGGCUAAGUUCCGCGACCCACCCUCGGCUAAGUUCCGCGACCCGCCCUUGCGACCUGCGCGCCUGCACACACGCCCAUCUCUCAAGUCCGUGCCGGAGGAGCGGUCUGGCAAUAUGCACCGCUGGAGUGCACCCUGCGACACAUCCUUCACUCUGCCGCAAUGUGGGGUGCCGGGAGCUGCCUCCACCGUACGGCACUCCAGAAAUAUAUCCCUGAGAAGAUAUAAUUCCCUUCGCUCACGGACCUCAUAUUCGCUCCGGAGGUCCAUACGCAGGGCCGGACCGCUGUACCGGGCCGCCAGCCUCCAGGUGGGGUCCGCGCGGCGGGCGGCGGCCCACCUAAGGAAGCGGAUAUCGGGCGGAAGUGCAGUGCCUCUGUUGACACCUGGUCGCUCACGCCGGGGACCUGUGAUAGCAAGAGCGCGAGAGCGGCCGCCCGCGAGGCCCGCCAGGAAUAGUCCCCGGGUACGGGCGGCCCGCAGGGCGGCGUUUGCGGCCCGCACGGUACAGUGGGAGGCAGCCAGUGGGCUAGCGGCCUUGUUUGAGUGCGGAGGGUCGGCGGGUGGCGCAGCGGUUACGGGCGUCGUGCGGGUGUGGGCGGCAGCGGUGGCCAUGGCGGAAGCCAGGCUCCAGCAGCUGCGCCGCUCCAUUAGCUCCUGGAGCCUCUCUACCAUUAAGAAGCCCAAGAUCGCUAUUCCCAAGCUCAAGACUCCAAAAUUCAAAGUUUUCGGCGGGCGCAAGAAAAACAGGAUUGACCCCAAGGAUGAUGCAGCAGCAGUGGAGGAGGUGAAGGCAGCGCUCCUGAAGGUAGAGGGCGAUGGAGAGGGAGGAGAACCCAGGCCAGAGGCAGAAGGGGUGAGUGGCGAGGUGAUCCACGAGCCUCCAGACCGUGGGCGAGGCGAGGACCAACCCACCAUUGUUCUUACUCUCCACGACGAUGGAAGCCCACCCGAGCCCCCGCCCCCUGCGCCCUGCCCUGGGCUGCUCAGCGCAACUGACGACCUGGAAUUUAUCGACUCCGAUGAGGCGGAUUCUGAUGACAGAGUUGUCGAAGCUAUUGGACCUGACGUCGAGUACUGUGACCAGUGGUUCGACGCCCGUGGAACGCUAACUCGUUCCAAAGAAGAUAUUGCUCGCAUCAUUGAUGAUUACGAUGAUUGCCGAACAAGUAAAUAUUACGACGCUGCGGACGAAGCAGCUCAACGUCUUAAUGGCACAGAGUCGGUGGGAGCGCAAAUUAACAGUAAAGAAAAGCGGGGUUCAUUGAAGUCUCGGGAGUGGGUUAAGAGCUUCAACGAGGAGGCCGAGUCACGGAUACAGCGUUGGAUGAGACUACAGAAAACAAAAAAUCCUUCAAGUCUUCCAAAAAGCAAAUCUGAAAUUCGUCUGGAUGGGAUUGAAGAGCCAGGAGAAAAGUGGUCAGCCAGAGACGAGAUCCAGCUCAACGCCACGAGGGAAAACGAAGCCCACGCCAGUUAUCUUCACAAAGAAUAUAACGAUAAUGUUAAAAUAACGGAGAGCGAACGUCAGCAAGCAUCAGAAAAGAAGCAGGAGGCACGUAAGGAGAAUCUCAAGAAAAUAUUCCAAGUAAAAGGGAAGUUAUCUAUCAAACCCAUCGUAGACUCGCAGCGGCCGACGUACACAGACACGGACAUUUACAUAGCUUCAACACCUUACGCUCUGGCCAGCACCACAGACAGCAGGCAGCCAGACGGAGAGUCUCUUGAUGCAUCUGAGGAUGGUAUCAACUGCAGCUCUGCUGACCUUGACCCUGCAUUAGACGAGUAUCUUGUCUCACAAGAUAAUCAUCAGAAUAACGGUGACAACAGACACCUAUUUUCGAAAACCAAACAAGAAAACGCCAAAGAAUCGAAAUUAACACUAAAUUGUGAUCCAUUAAGUAUUCCAAACAUUGUGAUAGAGACUCCGGGGGUCACUGAAAAGAAUGUGGAGUUUUCAAAACAGCUGUACAGAGAAGAGAGAAUGAGAGCAGAUUACAUCCCACAGUCAAAAGCCAUUUCACAAGAGCAGGACACUACAGAAGUUAGUGUCAACUCUGAACCUAAUGACGUAAUACAGAAUGAAAUACAGAUCAGCUCCAAAGAUACAGGAACGCCAUCUCAUGAACAAGACGCAAAACCAAUAAAUAUGAAUGCUAAUUCAGAGGCUCAGGAAACAGAGGAAGAGACAGAAUCAGAGUCAGUUUCACGUGAAACAAAUACCACUAUAUUAUCAACAUCAGAAGCUAAGGAAAUUCCAUCUGAGGUAUCCAAGGACCAGGAAGUCUCUACUACAAUAUUGACAAAAACGAAAGAGUCCUCAUCGGCCCAAACAAAACCUGAGACAACAGAGAUACAGUCCUUGUCAGAUUCAGCAAAGUCUGACGUAAAGAAAAGAAAAAUAACUGGAGCAAAUAUCCCAAAAUCUAUCAAGAACUUUGCAGGCUCCUUUUUUACACAACAAACAAGUGGAAAAGCAAAAAAUGUAUAUGUAGAAGAAAAAGAAGGAGAUAAAAAGAAAAAGAAAGGGAGAAUCAGCCCAUUCACCAAAGAUUAUCUCUCCAGAGGCUCUAAAAAAGCCGCGCCAGAAGAGGUAGAGAACGAAACAGGUCUUCAGCCGGGCCCUGAAAAAGCCUCAGGAAGUGUGUGCGAUAAGAACUCUGCACCAGUGAAUACCAAUCCUUUUAUAGACGACGACGGCAAUCCAUUUACUGAUGACGAUAUGGAGGAAACAGUGCCAGGAAGCACAGAUGACGAGCCCACCGCCACGAUGGCACGAGAGACUCUGCCCGAUCUUCUUCCCUCAUCUGGUAUUGGGAAACCUCCAAGGGAGUCCCCAGAUAGCCUCGAGUACACAUCAGUCAUCGAGUCUGAUGAACAGAAAUCAAUUUCCCACGAAUCGUCACCUGGAGCUGGAACCUCGUUUGUGGAAGAAGGAGGCUUGAGGCUACGGAAAGAUGCUCUUCUCGCAAUCAAGUCAAUGAACAAUGACGACGCCUCCACCCAUUACUAUAGCUUCCUCAGCGCCACCGAUGACUAUCAUACACCCACAAAUGAAGCCACAGACGACUAUAACACACCCACUACAGAAAUCGAGCAAAGAGAAGAGAUUCCUAUGCAGGAAAUGCUUCAGGAAGAAGACACGUUCCUUCAUACUUCUCAGCUAAUAAAGUUCCCAAACUCAACUCACGAUCAGACACACGACAAAAAAACAAGAGAAAGUUCACCUGCCGAGCCUAAUUGGACUGAGAAGCCAACGCCAGUCCAAGACCCCAAGCCAGACGUUUUGCCAAAUGAGUCUCAGAGAAAAAUAAUAGAUGAAGAAAACAAGGAGAAUCUUGAAAGUAAAAACAUGAAGUUAGUCAUAAACAAAGCUGAGUCCCCACAAAGAACUCCUGUUACCUCGCUGCCAGCAGCAAGCGUGAAGUCGCCGGGAACAAUGCAAGAAACAGUUCCACCAAGCCAACUGAUACCUCAGUAUAAUGAUCCCGUUUCUCUAGAACUUGCUGACCGGCAAGUGAAGUCCGUUCUCUUCAUGAGCACUCAGGAGCCUCCCAAGCCAAGCCCAAGGAACAAGAAGGGAAGAUACGGCUACGGUACCGGCGACGCUACCCUUACCACAACUACUCUCCCUGUUUCAACAAGCAACAGUGACACCGCAGCAGUCCAUGAUAAAUUAAAGACUUUAAGCAAUCAUGGAAUGAAUGGCACGACAGCGGCUAUAGACAAGCCCCAAAUAGCCACCUUCCCCAGGCGAAGUGCUUCAUGUAAAAAAGCUCCGCCUCCUGAGCCGGAUAUAAAUUCUUCAGAUUCUGGGUAUGUAGGACCCGGGAGCAACUACUACGGGGGAACCGACUCCGAACCCAUUUACUGGGAAAUUAGCGAAACAAAAGGGGCGCCACCAAGACCAAGCCCAAGAUCAAGAAAACCCCCUGGACCGCCUGGUGACCGUUCCCUGAACCAACCCCUGGCUCCCUCACCACCUUCCCUGAGUGCAACUCCUACAAACACCCCAGUGCAAGACUCUCAACCUGUACCCGAGUGGAUAAACAAACGGGCACCGGUACCGAGUCCACGAAGCAAGAAGCAGCGUUCCCUUCAAUCUCUCCCAACCUUCGCCCCGACAGAUGACACCAUGGAAGCAGUAAAAAAAAAACUUCAGCUUUUAUCCCACGAGCCCCUGCAAGACUCACAGGUGCUACAGCAACCAAUAACAGCACAGGAGGAAUUUUACAGUGGUAAAGCUGCUUCUAUAUCCUACGGGUUCACCCAAUCUACACGCGCCGCCCCGCCAUCGCCGCCAAUGAGAGUCAGGAAGGUAUCCCAGAUCUCUCUUCCAGCGGCUGUAGUGGCGGACGACGCGACGUGGCGGCAACAGAAGAGAAGAACCGUACAUGGUGGCGACGGGCCACCGGGGCCACUCUCAGCGAGGCGAGCAAGAAGGCGCACCGACCCUACUCAAGGCCUUCCUAUUCCCUCCAUCAGGGCCGCCGUUCAGCGCCUGGGGGAGAAGGUGGUGUGUCUGACGGAGCUGCUGCCUAUAGUGGGUCUGCCUCAGGACAUCGCCAGUCACAAGGCCGAGGAGCUGCUGACGGAUGUGCUGUACUCGGUCCACUCUCUAAUGGGCGGCACGGGCGGGGGUGUGUGGGCGGUGGGCGGCCCAGCGGUCAUUGCAGCUGUUUCAGCCGGCGGCCAAAUCGGUUCAGGGACUUCCAACCGCACAAGCGUGUCCCUGGACCAGGUUCUCCAGGUCUUGCAAGCAGCCUUCCAGGUGAACCAGGACACCGUGGAUCGACUCUUACAAGACGUUCAAAGCAGACAGGCUCCUGAAGUUACUCUUCACCUGAGUUUGAAAGAGGCGAAGGAACUCCGACCAAAGACUGUCAAGGGGACAACAAACUCCUACGUGACCUUGGGAAUUCCUAAUUCAGGCGAGUCCCACCGGACGAGGCUUGAGAAGGAUACUCUUAAUCCCAAAUGGAAUCAGGAUUUCACCUUACGUGUAAACAAUCUCCAGAAGGACGUCCUUCAAGUGGAAGUCUGGCACGAGCAUGACGCUCUGGGGGUGAAGCAGCUGACAGCUGUGCGGGACAUCAAGGGCCUCAGUCGGCUGGUCCGGGGCACGACAGCUCAAGCCCAACACCAAGCAGCUCACCUUCUGGGCCAAGUCACCUUCAAUGUCAAGGACGUGAGUGAGCGCGGCCUCAAUGGGUGGCAUCCCCUGGAGAAGAAGAGUGAGGUAGAGGAGUCCAAGGAGAGAGGCAGCAUACUUCUAGUGGGAUCCCUGUCCUCUUCAGCACACCUCGAGAACAAAAAUCGACAGUCAUACGAUUCCCUGCUGGCUCGUCUUGUUCAUCAUCAACUAAUAGAAGAAGCAAACAACAAACAGGAGGACGAGUGGUCGCCGCCCUGGAACGGGCGAGUGAGCGGCAGCGCAGCGGCGGCCCUGGCGCAGUUCGCCAUAAUGUUAGGGCUGAACGACGCGGCUCUCCAGUUGUCGUGGUGGUGCGUGGGCAGCAGGAUCGCCACCGUGGACACCGCCUGGACCCUCUCUCAGCUCCACCGCGUGCAGGCCGCCCUGGCCAAGGGUGCUUAUCGAGACGAAGACUUGGGGGAGCUGCGGACAUCUCUCUCCAGCUUCGUUCGCGCCAGUGCCGAACGGAUUAAAACUCUGCACACAGCAUUUCCUCCCUCUUCUGGUGUUCUGGCGCAGCACCAACUCACUUACACUCUAAAGGUCCUGUACAGUAUGCAGAACCACAAUGAAACCCAAGUACUACUGGCUGAAGAAGGCCUUCCCUACCUACACGAGACUGUCACAUCAAGCCUAGCUGUGCAUACUAAGAACUGGUGGACAGCGAUGAUCGAGGAACAGCUGAGAGGAGUUAGAACAGCUGAUGAGCAGAUCUCAAGAGUCAUCAACAUCGUCGAUGAGUCCAACACCUUCCUCACCUACGCUGACAAAUUCUACAAUAGCAUUUUCUUAAAGGAGAUGAACAUCCCAUACAUGCAGACAACCUACCUUGUGGUGAGCAAGAAGGUCAAUCCCUGCGUGCGGCCUUUAGUCAUGAACAUCUACAACCGUAUGCCCUUAUUCAACGAGCAGAGGGAAGACGCUGAUGACGCCCAAUACGCCCUGGAGGUGGGCACGUCCCUGUGGCAGCUGUACAGGAAUCUUAGCCACCUACACACGUUGGGCGAGUCACUUCCAGCUGAGGCUCGUAGUGAGUCCGGGGUGCGUGAGUACCACCGGUGGUUCUCCCGCGGGGUGAUGAGGUGGCUGGAGCUGGCCAUCUCUCGCGCUCAGGAUAUGAUCAGAAAAGCCGUCGACCUAGAUUGCUUCGAGCCCGUCGAUGCAUUCUGUAACUUCAGCUCCUCUGCAACUGAUACCAUUGGAAUAUUCCACGAUGUAAAAAUCUGGUGGUUGAAGCUGGCCUGGCCCGACCCAGAGAACAGCGCCGUGUUACUGGCCAAGAUCUUGGAAGACAUCUGCUCCUGCGGGACCACCUACUCAGACCUCCUCAGGAAUAAAGUUGACACCAUGCUCUUCAGACAAGAUAAUUCCAGUCGCGUCUUCUUCACCAGUCAGAUUUGUGUGGGGCUCAACAACAUCGAGAGAGUGCGACAGGAGCUCACGGGACUCCCAGGACACUUCGGGUUCGAUGCUCAGCUGGAGGAGAUUAGGAGCUCAGGGAGUGGUAACGGAGCCGCUGCCCAACUGGAGGCUACCGUUGAGAGGCUGAUAUUCAGCGCCGCAGAGAAUAUGGAAGCCAAAGUCAACGAGUUUAUUGAAACUGUGAUAGACAAGAUGAGACCGACACUUGAGAAGGCAGCGAAUGACGCCUGUGAAGCCCAAGAUGAGUUCUUGUUCUUAGGGGAAGUUCUUAACCCAGCCAUGGAACUCCUGCGUAAACACCUCCACACCUCUAACUUCCACAGGUUCUUGUGGCGUGUGUGGGAAGUCAUUAUUGACAUCUUCAAUUCCAUUGUUAGGCGAAAUACUGAGAGAAGAAGAGCUAAUUACUUUGGUGGUGUACACAGCAUCGUACAAGCGACGCUGAACUUCUUCACACCAAACGAUGGAGUCGGUCUAGACGAAGUCACAGCUCAGACUCCUGAAUACACUUCUCUCAUUGAGCUGCUGGAAUGUCUGAGAAUGUCCACAGAGGCGCUAAUCUCAAAAUAUUACCAGGAGCGUUAUGACGAACAGGUUGAGGACAUUCUUCCAUCUAAAGCCCAGCUUGUUGCGAAGAUGCUUUUCACUCGUCCCGGGAAGCUGAUCGUUGAGGUGAUCAUGGCUCGGGACAUCGUGGUUGAGAGCGACGCUGGUAGUGUGAGCUCUCGCGGCGGGGGCCAGGCUGGGUUCCACAACCAGCCUGUGGACUCGUACGUUAAAGUGCAGCUGGUGCCCCAGGAAUGGUUCCCGGCUGCCUCCAUAUACAAGACCAAGAUACAGCGCAAGCAAGACCCAGCCGUAUACGAGGAAACCUUUGAGUUUGAUAUGAGUAAGAACGAUGACGGUGUCCGCGCAGGGUUCAUAUUGUUUACACUCAAAGAUUACAACCUAGGUCGCUCCAACACCUUCAUAGGGGAAGCCUUGGUCCCUCUGGCCAACCUCCCCUGUGUUGACUCCUCUCAAGUCCAUACAGUCUCCAACACUUACUUCAAGAUGACCACCCCGGGACUCGACAUAGGGUACAAAUCCCUUCGUGCGCUGCACUUCAGAACGGCAGACAAGAUUGCGUAUUCAUUUGUAAAGAGAGUUUCAAAACGACUCUUAGAUGCAAGAGCCAAAUUAAGUACAACGCUUCGACCAGACGAGGAAAAGUCGCGAUCAAAGAGUCCCACGCUAAUAGAAAGAUUGAAAUUUUCUUGAAGCAGCAUGGCGUCACAUCAGAGUUAUGAUGUGAGUAGACCACACCAUGAGGUGCUCAACAUCACUCCGGCACGCCGGAGGUGUUAACGCGAGCGGCAGUUCAUCAUUCAACUGGACCUCUUCAGCUAUCAACUGGAAUUGAAAAUUACACUGAUCAUUUGUGAAAUCAACUUGUGAGUCAUUUAGAGCUUCCGGAACAGUAUCUCGAGAUAUAACUCUUAAAGUUGGUUUGGUUGAGUUGCUGAAGCUGGCCUGCUGCAGUUGUUGAAGCUGGCCUGCUGCAGUUGUUGAAGCUGGCCUGCUGCAGUUGUUGAAGCUGGCCUGCUGCAGUUGUUGAAGCUGGCCUGCUGCAGUUGUUGAAGCUGGCCUGCUGCAGUUGUUGAAGCUGGCCUGCUGCAGUUGUUGAAGCUGGCCUGCUGCAGUUGUUGAAGCUGGCCUGCUGCAGUUGUUGAAGCUGGCCUGCUGCAGUCGUUGAAGCUGGCCUGCUGCAGUUGUUGAAGCUGGCCUGCUGCAGUUGUUGAAGCUGGCCUGCUGCAGUCGUUGAAGCUGGCCUGCUGCAGUCGUUGAAGCUGGCCUGCGGCAGUUGUUGAAGCUGGCCUGCUUCAAUUGUUGAAGCUGGCCUGCUUCAAUUGUUGAAGCUGGCCUGCUUCAAUUGUUGAAGCUGGCCUGCUGCAGUUUCGUUCGCUGCAGUUGUCUGAGCGAACGAAAAAAUACUCUACAACCACUUGAAUUCAGAAAAAAAGUUUUUGUUUAAUUGAAGUCGACCAUAACGAAUCUGUGUAUAUAUUUAUCUGUGAUUUCUUGUACAUAAAUUAUUUUUUUGGUGCAAACGACACAAUGCGCAGUUUCGUGAAGCUAAUACAAAGGCUAUGAGGCCCAGGUGGUAAUAGCUCAGGCUUGUACAGGUCGUACUAGCUCAGGCUUGAAUAGGUGGCACAUGCUCAGGCUUGUACAGGUCGUACUAGCUCAGGCUUGAAUAGGUGGCACAUGCUCAGGCUUGUACAGGUGUUUACGAGCGUGCCGCGUGCUCAGGUUUGUACAGAUGCACGUGUUGAAAUGGAUGAAAUAUUAUUUCUUCUCUUCUGUUGUCUGCUAAUAUCUGCAAAAACAACUGUCACUCAAAACACAUCCAACUUAAUGUGAUGUAAGGAGACGAACAAUAGCCUGAGUGUUGUGUUAAUUAUGCAGUGUUUGCAUAACAUAUUUGAGAUAAUUUUAGUGAGAACAUUUGUCAAGUUAGCCCAGAUUUCAUUGUUUGAGAUGACAAGGUAGAUCUGUUGUUCGGAACGACUCGGUGCCCAGAUUGUGUUGCAAACACGAGUUGGUCAGUAAAGCUCUCGUGUAGAACUUACUCUAGGUUCAAGUCCAAACUCUUGUGUCAAGAGAAGGACUUGCCUUUCUGUUAAUAAGUUUGAAAUGUAAACAUUUAUUCCACAGAUAUAUCUUUUUUCAACUGUUUGACAAAUUGCCAAGCGAUAUUGUUCUGCCCUGGGUUUGGCGAUUUGGUAAAUAGGCAUUUUCUUGAAUUACAUUGUAUUUUGAAUUUGAGAAUUUGAAUCUAAACACGUGAUCUGAGUACACUCUCGGUAAUAUCAGAAUCUCACCCAACAUGACAUGUGUCCGAUCUCGAUAAUAUCAGAGGUAACAUGAACGAAAAGGAACGGGUGUCAUUAAAGAUACCCGUUCGAAUCCUUGAGUCAAUCUUGUCAUAGACGUACUUCCCUCUCUGGCCGUUCUGUGCUUCACAAUACUCUUUAGUUUCCUAAGUGUUAAACUAGUCAUGCCGGCCCGAGAUGCUCUCUCAAGACGUAUCUGAUAUAUUGUACCUUUUAUAGACACAUUUCACUGUUUUAUAUGAUGUAAAAUAAUGAAUAUUUAUGACAUAAAA